UCCUGUCAGGAAGCAGGUGAGACACACCUGAGCAGCGCGCACCGAGGACCGGCUCCAACUUUGUUUUUCUGUCGAACUGAAGUGGAAGCGGAGCACCGAGACGCGUCAGGACGCAGUAAAACAUUUCUCUUUUUCCUCUCCCACUCAGGUUCGAGCUGACUGGAAAUGUUCCGGUUCUGCUCCUCCUCCUUGCUGCUGCUGGUUCUGUUCAGCGGCGCGCAGCGCGGCGCAGCGGCAAACUGCAGCGACGCUUUCCGCUCCGGCAGUGACGACUUCGUGCUGGACGCGAAGGACGCGGUGGAGAGGGGCGCAGCUCUGCUGGCCACGCACAUCGUGUCCGUGAACAAGGACUGCGAGACGUUCUGCUGCAGGGACCCACGCUGCAACCUGGCGCUGCUGGAGCCGCGCGACGUGAAGGGGACCGCGGACACGCGAAUGUGCGUCCUGUUUGACUGCGUCCAUAAAAAGCGUUUUGUCUGUAGGUUUGUGAACCAGGAUGGAUACCACAGCUACAUGAGAGAGAGCAUGUUCCAGAGAUACCUGCAGGCACCAGGAAAGCUGUCUCCUCCCAUCGCCAAUGCAGGACGUGACGUUGUCGUCCAGCCCGGACAGACUGUGACGCUCAACGGCACUGAGAGUGUGGUGUUGCACGCCGCACACAUUGUUGACUACCGCUGGAGUCUGCAGAGCGGCGACCCUAGCCUGAAGAUGGAGAAGACAGAUCUACAGGACCAGGUGAGGCUGUUCAACCUGCAUCCAGGUUCGUACGUCUUGAAGCUGAGCGUCAAAGACUCCAACAGCCAGUCAGGCGAUGACGAGGUCACCGUCCUGGUUCUCAGCUCGGAGCUGUCCAGCUCAUACUGUAUGGCUCCAUUGAAGGUGGGCCCGUGCCGCGCAUCGUUUCCCAGAUGGCAUUACAAGGCAGAGACGGGCAGCUGUGAGAAGUUUAUCUACGGAGGAUGUAAACCCAACAAGAACAACUACCUGUCUGAAGGCGAGUGUAUGUCGGCCUGCAGAGGAGUCACAGCUUCCUUAGAAAGGAGCGUUGUUCUACCCACCAAAGAAGAGUGUGGCUCAGCAUGCCGCCCCGAUCAGCUGACCUGCGACAGCGGCUGCUGUUUGGACCGAGCUCUGGAGUGUGACGACGUGAAGCAGUGCAGCGACGGCUCUGAUGAGAACUUCUGCAGCAAAUUGAGCCAGACCUUCAACCGACUGCUGAAUGUCAAUAUCAGCGCGAACCAAGCCCGAUGCGUGGAGCCUCCUCUCACCGGUCCGUGUCGGGCGAGUUUCACCCGCUGGUAUUACGACCCUACAGACAAGAAGUGCCAACGCUUCACCUUUGGUGGCUGUGAAGGAAAUGAGAACAGCUUUGAGAAAGAGCUGGAGUGCAGCAACAGCUGCAAAGGAGUAACAGAGAGGAACGUAUUUUCCAGGGGAAUGUUUGAGCGUAUUGAAAAAGAUGAGGAAGAGAUUGGUGAAUCAGGCUCCAUCGCUCUGGCUGCGUUCCUGGCGGUGGCCAUCUUGGCUCUGUUGGCCAUCCUGGGCUACUGCUUCCUGCGGGGGCGCAGGAAGCGCUCCAGCAACACACACGCCCCCCCCCAUGUAGCGCUGCCCGAGCAGGACACGCUCGUCUACAACAGUACAACUAAACCUGCAUGAUGUCAUCACCACAGGACUCUCAUCACCAUGGCAACCCUGCACAUAUUUGUCAAACUUUUUUUAAUAUUUUGUGUACUUUUCCUUGUAAUUUUUGUUUUUUGCUCUUUUUUUGUUCAGUUUUCUGAUACUUCCCUGUUUGAUAAGUUUGUAGGUUUGUUCUGCCUGAUUUCCUCUGAUGUUGAUGAAUCAGUGUUUGGGUCUCAGGGUUAGUUUGUUUUAUUGCACUUUGUAUUGGGGAAGGUAUAAAGUGAAAUGUCUUUUCUCAUUUGUUUAGAGUUUAUUAAUAUUAUCUAAUCUGUCAAAAGGAAAGAAUAAUCUGAGUAGAACUUUUUGUUUUUAUCAUGUUGAGCCUCAGCUUUCAUUUCAGUUUUUAACUUGGGACAAAAUGUCCUAAAAUGUUUAUAGUGUCUAAUAAAAAUGAAAUUUUACAUGAA